AUGGUUACGAUGCUACGGUCUCUACUGGAAAAUGUGGGCAACGCGCAGCAGACACACAUCUACGAACGAGGCAGCUGCCCCUGCGGGCCCUUGCCGGCCGGCGCCAAGGCUGGCCGCUCGUUCUGUCCUGACGAGCUCAUCCCAGCCGCCCCCACCCGCGCCCAGACCUCCCCGACAUUCCUGCGACAGGAGGGCGACACAAAGACGCUUGCCUGCCAACUCCGGCAGCGUGGAUGCUCCUGCAGUGAGCUGCCCCUGCCCGUUUUCUGCAUCCACAGCACGGCGUGGCUCGAGGCCCUGUGGCGAGUGAGGGCCGCCCAGAGUCUCCCCAUCCCCCGAGAAACAGCUGGCAGUGGCUCCACUCUGCCACCAGUCGGCUCUCACAUCCGUUUUGCCCGUGCAGACUCGGGGAGCACCACGGCGCGCCGGACGCAGGUCCUCUUGGCCUUUUCCACCUGGAAGCCCCUCCCUCUGCAGCUGGUAGGGUCUGGCCCCGACCAGGCCCCGGGCCUCUGCCAGCAGACGCGCUCAUCAGCUUCAGGGCUGGGAGGAGGAGGGCCACUGGGCUGGACUCUUCCAGGGCAGUCCACACCCAAGGGGACGGGCCUCCCCCUGGCCCUGCAGGGGACCCAGCCGGGCCCCGGAGCCCGCCUGCCUCCCCGCAGGCUCGGCUGUGGCCGCACCUGGCUGCCUGGGGGGCCGUCGGCCGGCCGCCCCUCCUGGUCCCGACCUGCCUGCCUGAGGGGCGCCCGCUGA